GCGCAUGCUCGAUGACCUCGACCAAGUCGAACUUGUGUUGUUCACGCGUUCCGGCAAAUGCUGAAGUAAAUUUAUGGUGACGUAAAAUGUUUCAUACAAGUUCUCAACGGAAACACUGGAUGUUUAGAAAUGAAGAAGAAAUAAUCAAACUCCGCCGAGAAAAUGUGACGAUGUACGCCGAUAAACAUGGAGAUAGUAUGCAGGUAGAAGAUAGGCCGUUAUAUUUUUUGACAUAUGAUGAGGAACGCCUACUAUGUCGACAUUAUGAACACCUAGUGAGAGACUUUUGUAGGAAGUUUGACCCGCCCAUGCCGCCUUCAGUACUGGGCACAUCCUGCGCAUAUUUCAAACGGUUCUAUAUCCACAAUACUGCAAUGGAUUAUCAUCCCAAAUGGAUUAUGUAUACCUGUAUAUAUUUAGCAUGUAAAGUAGAAGAGUUCAACGUCUCUAUUAUGCAGUUCGUGGGAAACCUGCCAAAUAACAGAGAGAAAGCAACAGAGUUAAUUCUCAAUCAUGAAUUGUUGAUUAUGCAACAUUUGAACUUUAACCUCACUGUCCACAACCCAUUCCGCCCAUUGGAAGGAUUUCUUAUUGAUAUAAAGACACGCGUCCUUCACAUUGCCGACACUGAAGUUCUCAGGAAAAAAGCCGAAGAGUUUAUAUAUCGGUCACUGGCUACUGACGCAUGUUUACUAUUCGCUCCAUCACAGAUUGCCUUGGCUGCUGUUUUACAUAGUGCUUCAAAGAAGGGAGUCAAUCUGGACAAGUAUGUUACUGACUCCUUGGUGGGAAAAGGAAAUUCUGACACCUUAAAGCAGAUGGUUGAACAGUUAAAAAAGGUUCGUUUCAUGGUUAAACACAUUGAGCCACUCAAUCCUACAAAAAUACAGGAACUUGAAGAGAAAUUACAGAAAUGUCGAAAUCAAGAGUUAGACCCAGAAAGUCAAAUUUACAAAAAAAAAUUAGAAGAAAAGUUAUUAGCAGAGGAAGAGGAGACAUACAUCAAGAGACAAUUACUGUCAGAAGAAACCAAGCGAUCUGAGGAUCAAUUCCUGAUGAGUGUCUAGAAACAUUAAAACAAUGGUUUUUAUUGGUUGAAAUACUCAUGGAAAAGGAUUUCAGCCAAUCAACAAAGGGCUUCCAUUCUUAUGCAAUUUGCAUUUAAACUUGCUAUCAAGGAAAAUGCUCAUACUUCCAGUACUUUAUCUAUGGUAUUGACCAAUGAGAAUACAGCUACUACUCUGACCUCAUCUGAUCAACCAUUCACAGGUCUUCUACUAUCAAUGUUCUAGGAUAUAAACCAAUCAUUAUACAGCUCUUAUCUUAUCAUCCUUGUGAUUCAGUUUCAACAAACAAUGCUUCUCACAGAUCUUCUGUGAAUGCAUUGGUUGAUACUUAUUUAUAUGAAAUAAUUGAUUAAACUUGAUAUGCAAAUAUUAAUGAGCAAUUCUAUUUUCUGGGAGGUGGGGUUGGGUUGUCAGUAGGAGCAUUAUAUCAAGUAAUUUCAUUGGUUAAUCUCUAAUGAUUCUCUUUUUUCAAAAUUCAGUCAUUUAUUAUUAUCGAACAUCAUCUAAAUAAACCCUUUCACUGCCAUUUCCAUCUUUUGUCUCUUUUCACAAAAUAUUCCCGUUCAAAAUUUACUACUUUUCAUAAAUGUUGUUGAUUAUAAAUCAGAAUUUUUUGUUCAAAACCUGUUUUUUUCUUCUUCUCUAAAAUGAGUAUUGGAUACAUGUUUCCUGUAAGUUGUGCCUGUAGCUCUGAAACUCUUUUGUGACGUAAAUAAAAACAAGGACAUUUGCAGUAAAAACUGGUCUUGUUAUCUUGUAAGGUUUCAUCGCCAGAGAAAGCAACUUAUUGAAAAUGUGUUUUUAAUGUUAGUUACUGGAUAUUUGCAGUAAAAUUUAGAACUGUUCGACUGAUCUUUCCACAAUUGAUAAUUUUCACAUAUAUUCUGGUAUAUACCCUUGCUAGUCCGACAAUGUGUACUGGUUUCCACGGUGUUUUCUGUUGUAAAUAUGUUUCACACAGUGUAUUUGAUUUGCCAAAUGAUACAAGAUGACCUUUUCUUGCAGUAUAAUUUACCUAAUAUAAUGCGCUUUUUUUUGAACAUUAGCCACUACUAUGCUAUUAGUCAGAAUGCUGUUUAAUUAAACUUUCACCAACAGUUCUCUCUUUUCAUUACAAAUUCAUGAAAUAGUUUACACAUUCUUUUGGGACAAAAAUAGCAAAAUUUUUUAAGUAAAAACUGAAAAUUUACUAAUUUACUAAUUUGUUUGUUGGUACAAUAUUAUGGUUCAUUUCCAGAAAUAUUGACGAAUAUUAGAAAAAAGUGCAGAAAAAAUGGGCGGGAAAGUCUGGUGGUAAGAUUUUAUGAAAAGGUCAAUUGACAUUUAAGUAGUGAAUUAUAAAUUGUCGGGAAAUGAUCGCAUUUACAACACUGUGUAUCAAGAUGUAUAUAUACAAUAAAGAAAGAAACAAA